AUGUAUUGGCCAUGCAGUGUGCCUCAAGUCUCAGCAUAUCAUGGCCCCCAACCAGAGACAGAAGUCGACAACGGCGAGAAGGGAACCGUACGCGUCAAUGAAACCCAUGAUACAACUGAAAAGACAGAGGCCAAUGGGGAUGCUGCUGGAGUGGCCAAUACGAUCCUCGAUCUGCAAACGGCGCGCAAUGAUCACCUCUUCGCGACAAUCACUGCCUCCAGACUAGAUCUAUGGUGCACUCGCCCAGUGGUCUUACUUGCCUCGUUGUCUAGAUCAACGAAUUCACUCCAGACCUAUGGCAGCAACAUAUCUGUGGUGUUCAAGCCAGAUUCAAGUACCAUUAUGCUGCGGACCACAGGGAGUUAUUUGAUUGUGUAUUCGGUUGAAAGUGACCCAACCGCGCGAGUCUUGCAACAGCAAUAUGGAUACAGUCAGGCAAAACGACAAAAUCUCAUGCGGAGUUUCGGAGUGGAUGAUACUGCGGGUGUCGGCGAGGUCCUUCUUCGGUUUCGACGCGCCAUCAAGAUCGAUGCGGGUAUUAACUCUGUCGUGGCACUGGAUGCGGAAUUGGUGGUGGCGACGACGAAGCCUGCCGCUGUGCAGUGUAUCAAGUGGGAACCGCCUAAGGAUGGCCCUCAUGCUGCAGCUCAACUACUGACCAAGAUGGACUGGAUUGGUCAUAAAUCUGCCAUAUCAAUCAUGGUCCAUGAUCGGGCAAUGAAUCUCUCAGUCUGGCUGUCGCAGGACGGAUAUGCCUACGCAGUUCAGCGAAUCAGGCCUCAACUGCCUAGGUCCACAUCCUCAUCCGACUCUCUUCCCUCGUCGAGGUCUUCCACUACUCCUUCAACACGAUUGUUUGACGGCUACUGCUUCCAUCAGCCAGAUACCUGGGGGGAAGCGCGGCUUGCGAGCAUUAAUGCGCGCUUCUCACUGAUUGCUAUCGCCACGUCUGGUGGUGAGAUAAUUUGCUAUGCCGCCAAAGACUACGUAGGCAACAUCCCAUUGUCUCACACAUUCAAAGCAUCUACUUCACCCUCAUCUCGGGGCCUCGUGACACACCUUACUUGGUCACCGGACGGCUACUCUCUCUUCGCCGGCUACGACCGUGGAUGGUCGAUGUGGUCGGUAUUUGGAAAAGAAGGAGCUUCAAGUUUCCACCUAAACUUGACCCAUGCAGAGUCAAACAAUGAAAGAUGGCUGCUCGCCGUCCAACGGGCGAGCUGGAUCAGCGGUGGCGGAGAAAUACUAAUCACAUCGCCGCAUGAAGAGACGAUAUGGAAGCUUGAUAUGUCGCGCAGUGCAGCCAUAGGCUGCUUUUCAUGCGCAAAUCUUGUCCGUGCCCUUCUCCAGACACCUACCGAGUUAACAGUCUACCGGGGUCACGAGCUUCCAGACUUGACGUCCAUCUCAAACGAGGCUUCACUAUGGCAUCAUGCGCAGUAUCCUCCAGUCUACCUCCACAACCAGUGGCCUAUAAAGUCCUGUGUUGUUUCACAAGAUGGCAGAUACAUCGCCAUUGCAGGUCGUCGAGGGCUCGCCCAUUACAGCCUACAAAGCGGACGGUGGAAGACAUUCGCCGAGUCUGCGGUGGAAAACUCAUUCGCCGUCCGCGGGGGAAUGUGCUGGUUCAACCACAUCCUCGCCGUGGCCACUGAAAAUGCCGCAGGCUAUGAUCUGCGUCUCUACUCGCGCGAGCUCGAGCUUGGCCGAUUUCCUCUGCAUACAGAAGCCUUCUCCAUGCCCAUCGUGUUCGUUGGACCAUCAGGCGAAGAUUCCCUGCUGGUGUAUACGUACGAGAACAUCCUCUAUCAUUAUAUCCUCAACAUCACAGCCCGAGGCGCCCAGCUCGUGCAAGUGGGCCAGAUUGCAUUCCACGGGAUCGUACGUGCACCGAGUCGCGUGCGAUCGGUAAGCUGGGUCCUCCCUGACUCUCAACUACGAAACGGCGAUCCUUCGCGAGAUGUGGAGUUUGCCUCGGUGCUGUUUCUGGUCGACGACAAACUGGUUCUGCUGCAGUCAUCGCGCAAUGAUCAGGACGAGUUGAAAUACGACAUGCGCGUCAUUGCCCAGCAUGUCGAGUACUAUAUCCUGAUGCGCGACCAGAUCUACUUCAAUUUCACCGGGCCCGAGGAAUCUGCGCCUCCGACCCCGUCACCCGGGGCAGGGUUCAACAACAUGCGCAGACAACAUCAGUAUUCACUACGGGACUCUUUGUGGAUUUUCAGCGGCGACGAGCUUCGUCUCUGGCCUGACGUUCGCGAACUGUUCAAUCACGCAGCCGACGGAGAUCUGAGCACAUCUCCGCUGCUUUCGAUGUCCGUGGACUUCUACCCGCUAUCCAUCCUCUUGACCAAAGGCGUUGUGCUGGGCAUCGAAUCCGAACUCCUGCAACGACGCGACGUCAACUUCGCCCAAUUCCGAUCCGGAAUCCGGACACAGCUUUUCCUACCCUACAUCCUACGCCACCAAUUGUGCGAAGCGAAAGACACGGCCGCGGCAUUUGGCCUGGCGAACCAGUACCAGCACCUAUCAUAUUUCCCACACGCACUGGAAAUUCUGCUACACCACGUCCUUGACGACGAAGUGGACCGGACCAGAAAAGCAGAGCGGAUACCCAACAACAAUGACAACGACAACCAACAGGUGAAUGACGAACCGUCUCCAGGCCCGUUGCCGGCAGUGCUAUCAUUCCUGCAAUUAGUCCUCCCUCCCACGACCUAUCUGUCGACUUUGGUCCAAUGCAUCCGCAAAACAGAGCUGAGUUCCUGGCGGACAUUAUUCGCCCAUCUCCCGGCCCCACUUGUGCUGUUCGAGCAGGCGCUCGAAUUGGAGGACCUGAAAACAGCCACGGGGUUCCUGAUUGUACUGCAAGGUCUCGAAGAGGAUGACGAGUCAGAUACGUACGACGCCCGCAAGUUCGAGGGCUAUGUGGUGCGGCUGAUGAAGCUGGCACGGCAGAAGUCGGACUUUGAGCUUUGCUCGGAACUGGCGCGAUUCAUGAUGGGCAUUGAUCCGCGAGGAGAGGCGCUGCGAAGGGUCAUUGUCGGGGUGGGCUUCGGGCGGAAACCAACGCAUCUGGCCCCGGCGCGAAGUGUGUCUGGGUCGUUGGUUAUUUCUCCUAAGCAGAAGAAAGUAGAAGGGAGCGCUGAGGCGGGAGGAGAGUCCAGAGCACGUUCUGGGGGUGGCGGAGAUUACUUUUCUCCGUCGCCUGGUGGAUUUUGA